GUAUGUUCUAAAAUAUGAGGAAUUCCUUUGUCACUAUCAGUAGGCGUAUGGAAGCCAAUACUGAACACAUUAUUAGGAUCGUUCCGUGAAAGAUGGAUCAUAUCAGCCUUAGUAGCAUCAUGCUGCAAACGAAUGUAUUCUAACUCUAGUUCAGGUAUAUUUCUUUUCUAUUAAUAUGUUAGACAAAAAAAUACCAUCGGUAAUACUUUAAUAAGAAGUAUUAGAACUUACAUCUAUGACAGAAAAGUCGUGAAUCUUUUCGCCAACAUGAAUCCAACGACAAAAAGGCUUGCCAAACUUGUUUUUUAUGUUUUUAUUACGACAGAACGAGGAUAUUCUGGCGUGAUUCAUAGUUUAAAAAAAACUAUGGAUUGUUGGUUUUGGACACGUAAGUUAGGUAUAGUUACCCUGCGCAGCCAAACUUUUGUAAGCAAUCAAUUACAGGAAAACGUUGGUCGUCUCUUCUGUCAAUCGCUUUGAUUGAUUAUUUAAAUUCUUUGAGUCUCAAUAUAGAAAAACUAUUUUUUUUAGCUUGGUUCGUUUGCCCAUACGUUAUGUCUGUUUGUGCCAUUGUUCAUGCUACGUUUGAAGCUAGAGAAGGCUAUAAAUUAGAGAAGGCAUUUCCCAAUAAUGUUAAUUUUAAAGGUAUCGAAUAUUCUCUUUUCCCUAGUGGGAUUCAACAGUUGAAUCAGUGCAUGGUAGCAUUUCGAUUUAGAGAUCAGCUGUGUUUAAGCAUUUAUAGGAAGAAACUUGGAAAGGAUUAUGAAAGGAAUGCUUAUUUCUCUUCAAUUGGUAUUCUCUUGCAGGACGCUGGUAUUAGCGUAGAGGAAGCUGCUGUGAAAUACUUAAAACUUUUGGAUUUCGUAUCAAAAGCCAUUGUCUCUUCUGAUCCAACAAAGGAACCCAAUAAUAUAAAUGAAUCUGUCUAUCAAAGUUUUCAAAAGACUAUUGAAUCUUUGUAUGAUGCUAGUGAGCCACUAGAAGAGUAUCAGCAAAGAUUGCAACUGGCUGUGAUGGAACAAAACUUCAGUGCUAUUAUUUCUGUCCUAAAUAAUAGGGAAAAAAUAACUUACAAUUCAUUUUCUCUCAAUUUAGCUCAACAUUAUUAUUCAUUGAUAGAUAAAUGGCUCGGCCCGACUUUUCUUCUUUUAUAUAAAUGUAUGAUGCAAAAGAAGCGGAUUCUUUUGGUUUCCUUACCAAAUCCUGAGAUAUAUGCAAUUAUGGAUGCCAUGACUCGUUUAAGCUCCGUUUUUGAUGAAGAACAUGGUGUUCUUCCAAAUCCCUUAUGCAAAUUUUACUCCGUAGGCCUAACAGAUAUCGACUUUCUUGAAAAUUCGAAUCCAGAAAGUGGUUGGAUUGUUUCCACUGCCGAUUCUAUACUGUUAUCCAAAUCUUCUUUAUAUGAUGUUGCCUUUAUUUGGCCAGCGAACCCUUUAUCUAAGUCGGGUCCUCCAAGAAUACAGCUUUCAAAUAGUCUUUCGUUAAAAUAUUCCUAUGAAGAUGCAUUGAACUUACAUUUAAUUUCUGAAAGAUUUGACCCACGGAUUGCAGGUACAUCAAAAUUCACGAAAUAUUCAGUUGGUGCUAUUAUACACAUUAUCCUUUUUAACUCUACCCGCUUUCAUUUGGUACAAUCUUUAGUUUCAACUAAUCAAAGAAAUUUAUUUUCAGCUUUUCCAAGAUACAAUCAAUUUCUUCUGAGUCGCUUGAAUCAGGACCAUGACAAAAUCAGCAUUGCAGAUAUGAGAAACUUUGGAUGCAAUCCCUUUAGACAACUUGAUCGUGAUUUUGUUUUUAAUGUUGCCCAGAUUUGGCUUCAUAAAUACGUCCAUUACCGCUAUCCUUCGUAUGCUUAUUUGAUGCAACCGAUUGCUUGGGGGAUUCAUUCCCUUUUACUCUCUAUCGGUAUAUGGAAAAGAUCUGUUCCUACGUUACUUAUUUAUUUAUUGCUCUUAAAAUGGUGGUACAGCUAGUAUGAUUAUUAAUGAACAAGCUAUAUAUAUAUAAUUUUUGUUUACCUAAAACCCAAAAAUGAAAUCAACUAUAUCUAAAAAAAAUGAAGUGGUUAAACUGAUUUUAAUUUCGCAUUUUUU